AAAUCCAACGAAAAGAAAACAGGAACAAGCAAGUCUUUGGGUUCACCGGGUGACAAAAUCAAGAGGAAAGAUACUACUCUUAGCAGAGAAAGUAAACCACCAAGAAAUAACAGUAGCAGUAGUGAUCAAAAUGUUAAAGUUGGGAACAAGGAAAGUUCAAAUAUUAAUAAUAAAUCGGACGAUAAGGACAUUGUAAAUUUCGUAUCACCAACACCAUUAACUAGUAGUAAUGAAUCUGUAUCCAUUCCUCCGAUCAAUAAAAAACAUGUCUUAUCCACCGCCUUCAUCAAAUUCAGUCUCGCCGAGAUCUCGCCCAGUACUACAGAAUUCAAGCAGUGA